AUAACGGUAGUAGUGUUUCAUAACACCAGGUCAGUCAGCUACACAGACGAUCAAGUGCCCGUAUCCUCUCCUGUGCACUCAUGGCUCUGCUCUCCGUCCUCACGCCUGUCCUGGCAGCGGUCCUGUGCCUGGUGAUAGGUUACAUGCUGGUGAAGUCACGGGAGACAGAGACCACCUCGACCCCUCCGGUUACAACUAAAGCGGACUUGAGACCGUGGGUGGACCAGGACUUACAGGACGAUACAGAAGUCACAGCGAGAGAGGACGAGGAUGGUGAUUGGGUGGACAGCAACGAGGAGGAGGACAUUCCACAUGUGCCCUACUCCCCACCGCGUUACCCCAAGGAGACAAUGCUGGAGAGAUCCAAGGAUUUCUACACUCUGAUGAACCAGCGGAGGUCUGUUCGAUUCAUCAGCCCGGAGCCGGUCCCACGAGAAGUCAUCGAUGAUGUAAUCCGCACUGCAGGCACAGCCCCUAGUGGAGCACACACAGAGCCCUGGACAUUCGUUGUGGUGUCAGAUGCAGAGACGAAGCACCAGAUCAGACUGAUAGUGGAGGAGGAGGAGGAGGUGAACUACCGUCAGAGGAUGGGGGACAAGUGGGUCCAUGAUUUGGCCAAAUUAAGGACGAACUGGGUUAAGGAGUACUUGGACGUUGCUCCAUACCUGGUCCUCAUCUUCAAACAGACCUACGGGAUUCUACCAAAUGGCAAGAAAAAGACCCACUACUACAAUGAAAUCAGUGUCUCCAUAUCCUGUGGAAUCCUUUUGGCUGCAUUACAGAAUGUGGGUCUUGUUACUGUCACAUCAACUCCCCUCAACUGUGGCCCCCAGCUCAGGCUGCUCCUCAAACGGCCAGCCAAUGAGAAGCUGCUGAUGCUACUCCCUGUGGGUUACCCUGCUUCUGAUGCCACUGUGCCUGACUUGAAACGCAAGCCUCUGAAUGAAAUCAUGGUGCACGUAUGACAGAGUAAACCUGCAGAGAAAAUAAAAUGUAAAAAGUGAAA